GCACUUGGUCAGUGCGUCGUGAUGUCGGGCUGGGACUGCGGGUCCUGCGGCUAUCACAAUUAUGGCUUCAGGUCUCGGUGCCGCCAGGAUAACGGGGGCAAGGCCAAGUCUGGCGGGAACGGGCAGCAGCAGCAGUCGGCACCUUCCCUCGAUGAUGAGCAAGCGCGUGUCUGGUUGGAGAUGUCAGCUGCUCAGCUCGAUGCGGCCGCAGCUGUUCUUUCUCAGUCGGCUCGAGACAAGCUCAAGCAUAUGCGUUGGAAGCGAGAGAACGGUUUUGAGGGAUUGGUGUCGGUCAACGAGGCCAAAAACGUGCAACAGGCGAUCGACAGCAAGGCGGCUGAAUUGCAGCGGGCUCGCUCUUUGUUUGACAAGGCGAAGAUUGCGGUGCAGAAGGCCACGGAACAGUAUGUGUCGCCCAGGUCCCAGCUGGGUAAACUGGAGGCCGAGCUCAAGCAGAUGGUGGAGGAUGCCAAGGCGAAGGCCGCUCGUGCUCCGCAGCCGCCAGCUGCGGAGUCGGCGGUGUCGGCGGCCUCGCAUGUGGCUAAGGUGCUCAAUGGGCACCCUGGCUGGCAGCAGCAGGUCGGCACUGCGCUGGCGGAGCCGCUCACGGCGUCGCUGCAGGCGCUCACUGCCCAUCGCGAGAGUGAAGGCGGUGGCGCCGUGGAUGGCGCUGGGGCGGACGCUGGCGCGGCGGCUGGCGGCGGCGGCGCGGAGGCGGCGCCCGCGGGCGUGUCUGGCGGAGCAGGAGGGGUCAUCGACCUCAGCGGGGAGCACGUGCCUGCGCCCGUGGAGAUGGCGCGGUCCUACGACCUGUCGGAUGCUGAGUGGGACAGCAUGGUCAACGGUCUGUCUCCCGAUUUCCCGAUCACGGACGUCGACAAGAAGAGGCUCAUCCAGGAGCUCCGCGAGGAG